ACAAACGCAAUGUACUGCAUAGUUGUCAAAAUGAUCAUUUUACGUAGAUAACUUUAAUUGAUUUUAAUUUAGUGAAUAAAUAUUAUAAUAGAUACUUAAAGUAUAUUGUAUCUUUCUGUUAAUGCUAUUAAAAAUCUUAAACUUUACAAAUACGUGGGCACUCUAACUUAACUAAUGAAAAGAUAGACAUAGCCUAUUUUUAAAAAUAUGAAAGCUUCUGAUGCAAGUGAAAGUACUUGUGAUCUUUAUUGAUAGAAUAUUGAAGUAUUUUUAAUAAUCCAAAGAUUCAGAUUAUUAACCAUCUAAUUGAUAAUAUAUACGAAGUGGAAGUAAAAACAAUAAGACCGACCUGCUCGGUCCUAGUGAAUGGUGUUGCAGAUUGACUCGGUGUGGGGUUGGGCGUCACCCCCGCUGCGCCUUCAGCUAGCCGGUGGCAGCCGGGGCGCCUCGGGGAACGCAGCUGCCCAAACGUCUUGUCAAAGAAUGGGUGAAAUGAUUGUAGAACGUGCUCCAUCACCAGCACGACUAAGUCAUACUUCUGAAAAGCAUCCUCGAGCAACCUUGACUGAAUUAAACGUUCUAAGGCGGCAUCGAGAGCUUUGCGAUGUUGUACUUAACGUUGGAACUAGGAAAAUUUUUGCACAUCGCGUAAUAUUAUCAGCAUGUAGUCCUUACUUCAGAGCAAUGUUUACUGGAGAAUUGGCGGAAUCUCGACAAACAGAAGUAACGAUACGAGAUAUUGAUGAAAUUGCUAUGGAGUUACUUAUUGAUUUUUGCUAUACAUCACAUAUAAUUAUUGAAGAAGCUAACGUUCAAACACUCUUACCAGCAGCUUGUCUUCUUCAGUUAGCCGAAAUUCAAGACAUUUGUUGUGAAUUUUUAAAACGUCAACUGGAUCCAUCAAAUUGCUUAGGGAUUCGUGCGUUUGCUGAUACUCAUUCAUGUCGUGAACUAUUACGAAUUGCUGAUAAGUUUACUCAACAUAACUUCCAGGAAGUCAUGGAAAGUGAAGAAUUUCUUCUCUUGCCAGUAGGACAAUUAGUUGAUAUAAUAUCAUCUGAUGAGUUAAAUGUAAGGACAGAAGAACAAGUAUUUAGCGCAGUGAUGAAUUGGGUUAAAUAUAAUGUUACUGAAAGACGACAGCAUUUAGCCCAAGUACUUCAACAUGUACGGUUGCCUCUACUUAGUCCAAAAUUUUUAGUAGGCACUGUUGGAUCUGAAUUAUUAGUACGAUCAGACGAUGCGUGUCGUGACUUAGUUGAUGAAGCAAAAAAUUAUUUGUUGCUCCCACAAGAACGACCACUAAUGCAAGGUCCAAGAACACGACCAAGAAAACCGACUAGACGUGGAGAAGUUUUAUUUGCAGUUGGUGGUUGGUGUUCUGGUGAUGCAAUUGCAUCAGUUGAACGUUUUGAUCCUAACACUGCCGAUUGGAAAAUGGUUGCACCCAUGAGCAAAAGAAGAUGUGGUGUUGGUGUAGCAGUUUUAAAUGACUUACUUUAUGCAGUGGGUGGUCACGAUGGUCAAAGUUAUUUAAAUAGCAUAGAAAGAUAUGACCCUCAAACAAAUCAAUGGUCGUGUGAUGUAGCUCCUACUACUUCUUGUAGAACUAGUGUUGGUGUCGCAGUUUUAGAUGGCUUUUUAUAUGCUGUUGGUGGUCAAGAUGGUGUACAAUGCUUAAAUCAUGUUGAAAGAUAUGAUCCUAAAGAGAAUAAAUGGUCAAAAGUAUCACCAAUGACAACGAGAAGGCUUGGAGUUGCGGUUGCAGUACUUGGUGGUUACCUGUAUGCGAUCGGAGGUUCUGAUGGACAAUCACCAUUGAAUACAGUGGAAAGAUAUGACCCUCGUCAAAAUAAAUGGUCGCAAGUUUCACCGAUGUCUACUAGACGGAAACAUUUAGGGUGUGCAGUAUUUAAUAAUCUAAUAUAUGCUGUUGGCGGAAGAGAUGAUUGUAUGGAGUUAUCCAGCGCCGAAAGAUACAAUCCACAUACCAAUUCUUGGAGUCCAAUUGUUGCCAUGACAUCAAGACGAAGCGGGGUUGGUCUUGCAGUAGUUAAUGGUCAACUUUAUGCUGUUGGGGGAUUCGAUGGAACAGCGUAUUUAAAAACCAUUGAAGUUUAUGAUCCUGAGCAAAAUCAAUGGCGCCUUUGCGGGUGUAUGAAUUAUCGACGAUUGGGAGGUGGCGUAGGCGUAAUGAGAGCACCACAGACUGAAAAUUAUAUUUGGUAGCUCAGGCCCCCCUCUUCGGCCCAAUCGGCUGAAAUUCUGUUAACUCCAGUAACUCCGGUAACUCCAUCAGUUCCACUUUCUGGAAUAGUUGCAUCGACCAAUACUAGAAAACGCUAUCGACGCUCUAUGAGUAUCAUUUAAGUGUGUUUAAAAUUUUGAAACAAAGGUCAUCCAUACGUACGAAGUAAUCUUAAUUAUUUGCAUUUUAAGAGCUUCAUAAAUCACAAAAUUGUGUAAUUUUAUUUUCUCCAGAUAUGUAAAAUAUAUUUACUAUGAAUAGAUAAGUAAGCUGUUAGUUAGAUUAAUCCCUAAAUGCAUAUUUUUAAUCAUCUGCCAUAUUCUAUUUUUAAAAUGGAAUAGAAUAAGAUAUUUCAUUGUAAUAAUUCCUUCGAAAGUUAAAGUUUUGUCUGUGUUUUGAAGUUUUAAAGAGACACAUUUGUCCCUAUAUAGGAAAAUAGGAAUUCGUCGAUUUGCGAUCAGAAUCGUGUUGUUUUUCUUUGUUCGACAGAAAAUGUUAUUUUUCCAAUCUCAAAAUGGAUAAGAUACUAGGUACGUUAUGACAGAAAAUAGUAUUCGAAUCAUAAGAAUAAUUGUGAAAUAUCUUUAUGUGCAAAAUAUUUCUGCGCCUUCGACUUAGGACGAAAUUGUCUUUAUGGAUAAAAUUAUAUGAUUUCUUUCCGUAGUGCAUAAUAUACGAUUUAUCAUACUCUCGUGAAAAGCCUAUACUUCUUCCAUAAUUUGAGGUUCAAUACAGAUGCUUUUCUGGUUCCUAGGGAGGACAAAAAUCGUUUGCGUACAAGCGUCGUCGCGUACUAAAUAUCUUCAUAAAAUGGAGAAUGUUACAACCUAAUGUCAAAACAUUAAAGAAAUUUUAACUUUUCGAUGAUUUAACAAAAAAUUACAUACGUAUUUUGAUAAAAAGCGGAACUUUUUUAGAAAGAAUAUUUGCUAUUCUCAUAUUCUCUGUCUGCAAGAAUCUCAUUUUUGCCCACAAUAUGUAAUGUACUCUAGUAACGAUCUAAUCAAAAUUAACAGUAUUUACAAGGAGUUCGAAUUUUUUUUUUAUGUCAUAAUGAACAAAUAUUGAAUAAUAUAUUUUUUUUUGAAUCUUAAUUUUUUUUUAUUGAUCCACACUUCAAUUAAAAAUGUUUCUCAUUGUUUUUAAGAUUUUUCUCAUUAUACAUAUCAGAUUGAUGUAAUAAAAUACACUCAAGGUUAAAAUGAAAUUUGUGAACGUUUAGGAAAUGUAUAAAAUCUCAAUUUCUUAAGCUAAUUUAU